ACUCGUCUGACAACUGGGGCAUCAUGGACGGAGGAAUGCACGCCGUCGCCUGAGCACGGGUGAGUCGUGGCUCGAGCUUCCAGCCGUCGUCCUGAUCCGUGGAUCAGGUGCUGUUCUUUCCGCUAGCGGCGGCAGAGCUCGCACUUAUUUCAGUAGUUGGGACGGUGGCUGCUUAGCGGAGGCAGGUUGGAUUUGGCUAUCACUACCAUCGGACUCGAGGAGGAGAUAUUGACUCCGGCGGCGGGAACUGGGCGGCGCGGCCACCUGAGACAGCCUCCGGCGACUAUGGAGUUCCUACUUCAGCCUAUAAACAGAACACUCCUGGAAGAGGUGAAUGAUAACAACGGGGCAAUGGAGCCAGUGCGGUUCCCAGUUCCCGCGGUUGCCGGGGUUCAGGAAGCGGCCCCUGCAGCUUCAAGUGCUGAUGGGCAGAUCUGCCCGGCGCAGGCAGCUGGCGAGGAGAUGGGUUAGUGCUCCGAGCACUCAAUUGAACAAAUUUACAUGAAAACACCAGGGUGGACGCAAAGAGUUCGAGUUGGUGCUGCUGCUCCAGGAAGGCCUCCUUGUGUAGACCGGAUAACAACGCUUGAGAAGACUAUGAGGGAAUUUGCGGAGCAUCCAGGGGAUGUGGUUAUGGUGCCAAAGAUUGCGACCAGUUUUGACACACUCAGAGAAGCUUAUGACUUUUAUAGUCUGUAUUCAUGGGAGAAGGGAUUUGGAAUACGAUAUGGAAAGAGCAGGCUUAAUGUUAGCAGGAAUAAGUGUAUGCAAGAGAUAGUUUGCGGUUGCGCGGGGAAGCCAAUUGUUGAAAAUACUCGUUCCUGCCGGUGUGAAUGCCCAGCACUCAUAAGAUUACUUCGGUCAAAGGACAAUGGAUGGUACAUAGCAGAACAUCGAGAUGGUCACAAUCAUGCACUCUCCCAAACUUAUGGACAGACAAUACACUGGCCGUCACACAAGCAUAUUGAUGUUUACAGCAGGGACCUAGUGAAGCAGCUCCGACAAAAUAAUGUCAACCUUGCUAAGGUGUACAACAUUGUAGGCAGCUUCUUCAGGAAGAUGGAGAAUGUGCUGUUCAUGAAAAGAGCAUUGAGAAAUUUGUGUGGCCAGAUUUUCCGUUAGCAAUUAGAAGAUGAUGUGAGAAAAACAAUGGAAGUAUUCCAUGAUCUGUGCUCAAACGAUCCACAGUUUACCUACCGGGUUCAAGCAGACAACGAGGGUUGAAUCAACAACCUGAUGUGGGAACCGGUAACAGCCGCCUGCAGUACAAUUUCUUUGGGGAUGUCAUUACUUUUGACACGACUUACAGGACAAACUUGUAUGACAUGCCCUUUGGGUUGUUUGUUGGUGUCAACAACCAUUUCCAGAGCAUCAUAUUAGCUGGUGUGCUUGUGAGGCAUGAGACAGUUGAGACAUUUGAGUGGGUAUUUUCAGAGUUUGUUAGGAUAAUGGGGGGUAGUGCACCGCAGACCAUCCUAACUGGUAAGAUGGUCCCGAAGUUAUUUUUUUGCAGUACUUUUCUGAGGUGGAUAGCAGGAAAUACUAAUGAACAUCGAUGGUAUGGAUUAUCGAUCAGAACAGGGCGAUGGAAGUUGCCAUACAAAAUGUGAUGCCAGACACGGCUCACCGAUGGUGCAAGUGGCAUGUGCUAAAGAAGGCAAAGGAGUCAUUAGGUCCUUUGUACUCAAAGAAGAGUGAUUUCUGACCAGAGUUCCAUAAGGUUGUGAACCACAUGCUAACAGUAGAUGAAUUCGAGGAAGGAUGGAAGUACCUAAUAGAGAAAUACAACCUGCAAAGUCAUGACUACAUGACUAAUUUGUACGAGAUAUGACACAAAUGGGAAAAGCCGUAUUUUAAGGGAGUUUUUUGUGCAAAGAUGACUAGUACGCAGCGGAGUGAAAGCGCAAACCACAUGUUGAAGAACUAUGUGCCACCUGGGUGUCCAAUGCAUAUCUUCGUGAGGAAAUACAUGAGUUUGAUUUUUGAUAGGGAAUCAGAAGAGAAUUAUGAGGAGAAGCGGACAAAAAUUGCCUCUUAUGAGAGCAAAUCUGGCGACUGAGAGACAUGCUCGGAAGAUUUACACGAGGGUGAUGUUUGAGAAAUUUGGCCACAUAUUAUAUGAGUGUGGUGCAUAUCAGGUGGAAGAGAUUGAGAAAGGCAAAGAGUACGUGGCAAUACAUACUGAUGCUGCAAGGAGGGAGAAAUGGUGCCGAACCUCAUACAAGGUCACGGUGGUUGAAGGAGGUGAGGAGUUUGACUGUGAGUGCGGGCAAUUUGCACACAUGGGCCUGCUGUGCAGCCAUAUCCUUAAGGUGCUCGACUUCAUUCGAGUGACAGAAAUCCCAAAUAAGCACAUUGUGAAAAGGUGGACAAGGGACGCGAGAGAUAUACUUCCAGCCCACCUAACGCAGUACCAGAAAGACAAUGCCCAGGGAAAUCCAUUUAGUUUCUGGCAUUUCAACAUGUAUAUGCAAGACAUGGAACUUGUUAGGAUGGGUGACUCAAGUGUGGCAGCAUACGAGCGAUUGACUACACUAUUCAACCAAUGUGCGGCCGAAAUGAAGCCACUCACAGAGGUCAGAGAUGGCCUAGGAUUGGAAGACAGGUUGGCAGGUAAUAAUAUGGUUCCGAGUGGGGUUGAAGCAGACGUCGUUCCGAGUAGGAUUGAGGCAGAUGCCGAUGCAUUCGAUGCAGGAGAAGGUACACAAAUGAUCAUCGGAAAUGAUGACAACAUAUCAGCUAAUGUGUCUGUGACUAGGCUGGAUAACCUUCUAGCACCAGCAAAGCGGAAGCAAGUUGGAAGGCCGACGAGCAGUAGGGAGAAGGCUCCAUAUGAGGGUUUAAGUAAGAGAACUAGAUUUUGCGGCAUAUGCAGGCAGCAAGGACAUAAGAGAACAACCUGCCCUAAACGAGGGGAUUUACCAAAGCAACCACAUAAGCCGGCGAGAUGCAAGAAUUGUGGGUUGAAGGACAUCACAGGAAUAACUGUCAUAAGGCAGCGGAACUUAGGCUGCGAUAAUUUAUAUAUGAGCGAUGAGUGUUUUUUUUAUGGAGGAGCUAAAAAUGAAACAGUAGUUGCUUUUCUUUUAAGUGUAACUGAAAUCUAUUUGUGUGUCUCAAGUGCAAAAACUGAAUUUUCCUGAAUAUGCAGCUGAGGAGUUUCAGUGUAUCUGUUGUUCCUUCAAACAAAGAUUAUGCUUUAGUUUCUGAACUUAA